UGUCAUUCAUCCACUCUUACACACAUUCAAACACACCUACCUCCUCUUUCACUCAGAUAUAGACACACAGAUACGCACUUUGAUUCUCAUGUACCAUUCAGUCGUUUAUCUCUCAUAACACCCUCUGCAGGAAUACAAUAUUAAUUCCAGACUUUUUUUCCCCCCCUGAAUUGGAUUAAACUUUUUUGCGUAUUUUAGGGGGUAUUUUUCCCCUGUCGACCGUCAAGAGGUCACGUGGAUUGGGAAGAUAAUGAUGAUUCACUUGUCUGCAGUGAUAAGAGGAGAGAAGAGUUGGAAUUGAUGAUUGUGGAGUGGAAUUCAGGUAGGGGAUUUGUGAAGAGAAGAACUAGGAAGAGGAGCAGGUGAUCGAAGGAAGAAUAGGAGAAGAGGAAGAGUAUGGGUCACUCCUCUGUGUGGAUCUUUCUACUGUCCCUUUCUCUCUCCCAUCAAAGCGUCACAGCACAAGCUGAAGCAUGCAGGACGGUGGUGCAGGCAGACAUAGUGUUUCUGGUGGAUGAGUCAUGGAGUGUGGGCCAGACCAGCUUUUCCAGUGUCAAGGACUUCAUCUCAGCCAUCAUCUCCUCCUUCCAGGGCAAUGUGGUGGGAACUGAGGGGGUCCGCUUUGGAGUCACUGUCUUUGGGGAUGUCCCGAGGAUGCAGAUUGCUUUGACGGACUACAGCUCACUGGAGGAGGUGCUCAGAGCCGUCAGAACCCUCCCCUAUGAGGGUGGAUCCAGGAGGAUUGGUGAUGCCCUCCAGUUUCUGGUUGACCCUGUGUUCAGCCCUGCCAUCAGUCGAGACCAUGCCCCAAAGAUUGCUGUACUGAUCACAAACGGACGUUCAGACGAUGAGGUCGAUGCCGCAGCCAGAGCAGUAGCUGACAAUGGAAUUUCUCUCUUCGCAGUAGGUGUUAGGGGAGCUGAUGUGUCAGAGCUGAGGAGGAUUGUGUCAGAACCACGAGAUGAGCACCUAUUGCUGGGCACUGACUACUCUCUUUUUGAAACCAUCCUUCCAAAACUCUCCCGCAGACUGUGUUUUACAGCCUCUGAACCACCACGUCCUAUAAAAACGUCCAGGCCUGUUGAGGAGCGUGUGGUGGGUCCCAGAGACCUGCAGGUUAGUGAGUUGGCCCACAGUUCCCUCAGACUGACAUGGAGCCAGGCCACAAGCGAUGUCACUGGAUAUCGUCUCCUGGUCACCCCUCUCAGCUCCAAGGGACACCUCCUCCCACUGCAGCAGAGACAGAUUGAUCUGAAGGCAGAUGUGAGCACAACAGUGGUGACAGAGCUGAGCCCAAAAACAGACUAUUCCCUCACUGUCUAUGCCAUCUACCCCAGCCUCGUAGGAGACUCUGCAACAAUCACUGUCCAGACAACCCCUUUGCCUCAGGUGUCAAACUUUCGUGUCAUUGAGGAGGGUCUGUUCUCUCUGCGCCUUGGCUGGACGCCUCCUUUAGGGAAGCUCAACGGAUUCAAGAUCUUCAUCCCAAGAUCCAAUCGACCAGGAUUCACUUAUGAGCACCUGCUUCCUGGAGACACCUCUUCUCAUGUGAUUGACAGCCUGGAGGAGGAUAAAAAGUACAUUAUCAGUAUUUAUGCUGUUUACCCCCAGGGACCAAGUGAACCAGUUUCAAUUGUGGGCAAGACGUUAAAGCUUGUACAAGUCCAGCAGUUCCUGGUCCAAAACGCCACCACAGACACUGUCCAGGCGAGGUGGGCCUCAGUUAAGGGUGCCACAGGAUACCGCCUGACAUGGGAAUCCCCAGAUGGCCACAUAGAGAACAUAAACCUUGGGGACAACUUUAACUUUUACAUGAUCCAGGGCCUCAACCAAGGUGCGGAGUAUACCAUCACCAUCAACCCCAUCUUUGGAGACACCGAGGGACCAAUCACCACUGCCAAAAUCAAAACAUUGGAAAGCAGCGCAGUACAAACUUUGAAGGUGUCUGCUGUGAGCACCAGUGCUGCUGUCAUCUCAUGGAACAGUGUCCCAGGAGCCACGGGAUACAGGCUGGCCUGGGGACCCACGCCAGAGUUUGUUGGAAGGGAUCGUCCCAGGCAGUUGGCUCUGAACGGCAGCACCACAGAGUACCAGCUGAAGAAUGUAGCCCAUGAUACUGAGUAUGUCCUGACUCUCUAUGUGCUGUUUGGAUCUGUGGUGGGGCCUGGUAUCUCUGCUACCUUCAAAACUUCUCCGUUGGGCUAUGUGUCCAACUUUAAGGUGACAUCCUACACCAGUACCUCCAUAGACGUGGAGUGGAGUCCGAUUGUUGGAGCUACUGAGUACAAACUCUCUUGGAACACAGAUAAUAGCAGCCCUCAGUCCCGUUACCUGGACCGCAGCAUUCUCUUCCAUCAUAUCGAAGACCUGAACCCACAGUCCACCUACAGAAUCACCAUCUGUGCAGUGUACGGCAACUCAGAGGGACCAGAAAUCUCCUUAUCUCAGCUCACAGCUGCUGUGUCAGACUCAGGGCCAAUCCAGGCUGUGAGGGAGGUGAAGGUUGUGGACAUUGGAGUCAACUCCUUCUCCCUGUCCUGGAGGAAAACACCAGGGGCAUCUGGGUACAAAAUCUCGUGGAUCCCCUUCCUGGGGGGUGUUGAGAAGUCGCACGUGGUAUCUGCUGCUUCCACCACCUUCACCAUCCCCAACCUGCGGGAGAGCUCAGCUUAUAAGAUCCAGGUGACCUCCAUGGUGGGCAGUAGGGAGGGAAGCCCGGUCCUGGUCACUGCACGCACCUUGGAUCUUCCAAAAGUGAAUGGCUUUGCUGCUCUUAACACUACAGACAGCAGCACUGUUCUGAACUGGACACGUGUGGCUGGCGUCUCUGGAUAUCUUCUUUCCUGGAGGCACAUCUCAGUGUUGGAGACAAAAACAGAGAAACUGGGUCCUGGUUUCAACUCCUAUAAGAUCAAAGAUUUGCUGUAUGGAAGAACCUAUAUUUUUACCAUCAGACCUUUGUAUGGAGAAGUGGAGGGUCCUUUAAGCACUGUGUAUCAGAGAAUAUUGGGACAGGAUCCUCCAGUCCAGUCUCUGCCAGCCACAGUCACCCCCCAUAUCACAUCUGCCUCCAUCACCAAUGCUAUCGUCACUCACUCAGCCAUCAGGACCACCCGGCACCCCAUUGUUAUGCAACCGACUAAACCCAUAACCACCAAGAAACCUCUGGGUCAGCCAAGUGUCACUAAAGCCAAAGAUGCAGGAAUAACCACAUUCAGUGCGGAGACAACAGCUGCACCAAGACCAGUGUGUGGUAAGAGCAAAGCUGACAUAGUCUUCUUAGUGGAUGAGUCCUCCAGCAUUGGCGCUAACAACUUUAUCAAGAUGAAAGACUUCAUAUUCAGGGUGGCUACUUACUUCCCUGUCAUUGGUCCUCAAGCUACACAGAUAGCUGUGGUUCAUUACAGCGAUGAGCCUCGAAUUGAAUUCCGUCUAAAUGACUUCAAAGACAGAAACUCUGUGCUCAGGGCGCUCCGAGCUCUACGUUAUACAGGGGGCAACACCAGAACAGGAAAAGGCAUUAGCUAUGUUCUUCAGGAACUGUUCCAGGAGUCUCUGGGGAUGAGGCAAGAUGUGGCCCAUGUUCUGGUUCUCAUUACUGAUGGCAGGGCCCAGGACAAUGUGGUGCAACCCUCCAGAAUUGCACGCGCUCUGGGUGUUAGUGUCCUGGCAGUUGGUGUUUAUAAUGCAGACAUUGAGGAGCUGAAUAGAAUAGCAGCACCCACCAGCUACAAAAAUAUCUUCUACUCACCAACAUUUGAUGACUUCCCUUCCAUAGAGAGAGAAUUUAUCAACAGCAUAUGCAGUGAGGAACUCCUCUCUGAGUUCAAACAGCAUGAUGAGUCUGCUCAGUUGGACACCCCGACUAAAGACCCAGAGGAGCUGCUGAAACCUCAGGGUCCCUGCCCCCAGUGUGUGAAGGGCCAGAAAGGGGAAAAGGGAGAUGGUUUUGGUUCUGGAGGUUUGAGAUUUAGGCAAAGCCCUGGACAGUUUGACCCUUUCACCUCUUCAAAAGGAGAAACAGGAGAAAGGGGACCUCCGGGAACAGAUGGUAUACCUGGGUUGCCAGGGCGACCAGGGAGAACCGGACCCCCAGGUUCUGCUGGCCAACGGGGCCCUGCAGGCAUUCCAGGUGAUUUGGGUUCACCUGGACUCACUGGACCAAAGGGACAGAGAGGAGAGAGAGGAGAGCCUGGAUAUGUUAUAGCUGGCACAGACGCAAAUUUUGUUCCUGGACGAAAAGGAGAGCCGGGAUCUUCAGGUCCCCAGGGACCUCCUGGUGUACCAGGGGUCAAUGGCGCUCCAGGCCUACCUGGCCAGCCAGGACCACCAGGCUCAUCAGGAAUAUCUGUCAAGGGAGAUCCUGGGGAGCCAGGAGCAAAAGGUUUACGUGGGAAGCAGGGUGUGAAAGGUGACAAAGGAGAGUCAGGAAGAGAUGGUAUUGCGGGCUUGCCUGGUCCCAUUGGCAUUGAUGGGGUGCCAGGUUUACCAGGUCAGAAAGGAGAGAAGGGUCAAGAAGGAAUUGGCAUACAAGGUAUUCAAGGUCCUCGUGGAGAGCCAGGAGAGAAGGGAAAUAUUGGCUUAACGGGACCAGUUGGCCCAAAGGGUGAUCAUGGGGAGCAAGGCAUCCAAGGAAUCAUCGGACCCCGGGGAAAGAAGGGAUUGAAAGGGGAGCAAGGGGACAAGGGAGAACGAGGAGAGAUGGGACCAAUAGGACCACAGGGACCCACAGGACUGACCGGGCCAUUGGGGUUAAAAGGAGACGAGGGUCCAAGAGGAUCCCCUGGAGAUCCUGCCAAGGGUAUAAUUGGCCCAACUGGAAAAAAGGGUGCACGGGGAGACAUUGGUCCAGUCGGCCCUACAGGACCCCAGGGAAUAAAGGGUGAACAAGGAGACAAAGGAGACAAGGGCAGUCCUGGUUUUGGGAUUCCAGGACAGCGGGGACCAAAGGGAGAAAAUGGCGAGAGAGGAAAUGUUGGUUUGUCUGGAAAACCAGGACCAAAGGGGCAGGAUGGCUCUAAAGGUGACAAAGGGAAUCUUGGGUUACCCGGCAAUCCUGGAGAACCAGGAUUAAGAGGUAAAGAUGGAUCACCUGGAACUAAAGGAGACCUAGGAUUUAAGGGUGAACAAGGACCACCUGGAGAGCCUGGUGACAGAGGAAUUAGGGGUCCACUGGGGCUACCAGGGCGACCAGGGGACCCAGGAGAUAAAGGAAAUACUGGGAAGCCUGGACUGCAAGGUACUGAUGGAAAGAAAGGUGAUAAAGGGGAGACGGGAAAACCUGGACCUCCGGGAGCACAAAUUGUUGCAGACAACAAUGUACUGACCAGAGUGAUAAAGGGUGAACAAGGAGAUCCCGGUCAGCCUGGUUUAAGAGGAGAUACAGGUCUGCCUGGACCAAGAGGUCCAGAGGGGAAACCUGGAUCACCGGGACCAUCUCUGGGUGGUGGUUCUGGAAGAGAUGGACUUGAUGGUUUACCAGGGAAACCAGGGAUGAAGGGCGACCAGGGACAGAAAGGAGAGCCUAGUUUGAAGGGAGAUAAAGGAGACCAAGGCCGGGCUGGGAUUGCUGGAAUGCCUGGUCUACCAGGAACUCCAGGGAGACCUGGCAUUGAUGGGAAGAGGGGCCUGCCAGCAAAAGAUGGAGAAAGAGGACUAAAGGGAGAAGAUGGCAAAAAGGGGGACAAGGGCGAUGCUGGUGCAGAUGGUAAAGAUGGCAGUAAGGGGGAACCAGGACCUCCAGGAUUGCCUGGUAGGCAGGUGCUUGUCACUCCUGAGGGCGCCACCAUUGACGAAAUACGAGAGGCAUUUCCAAUCCCAAUGGGUCCUCCAGGAGCUACUGGUUCACCAGGAAUGAAGGGUGAUAAAGGAGAAAUAGGCCUGAAAGGAGACAAGGGCGAUGCUGGAGCUCCCGGAAAAUCUCUUGAGAUGAAGGACGUUGAAAUGAUGUUUGAAGCCUAUGGCAUUAGGCUGCCUCUGCUGAAGGUGUUGAUUGACAGGCUGCUGCAGGAGGGAAUAGAGGAGCUGCUUCAAGUGCUCGGCACCUCCAAGAAAACAAAAGAAAACACAGGAACUCACACCUCCAAUGUCAUCACUGAAUACACAAGUUCAGUGAAGUUUGACAUCACCAGUCAGCCGCUGUCAGAGUUGGACACCAUUGAGGACCCUAAUUUAAAUAGACAGCUUCCAGAGUCUUUGUCAGUUGACCCUUUAAAUGAAAUGGGAGAGGGUCCUACUUUAUGGACUGUCACCGCACUGAACGGACGGCAGGAGCUUGACAGGAUUGAGACCAAGUUAAAGGGAUCCAGAGGGAAGGAGGUAAUAGAUGGGAACAGUGAUGGAGGAUCUUCACUCAAAAUGAAUCUGACUGUAGUCAAUUCUACUUUCAAUUAUACUACGACCCAGGAGACGGUUUCAGGGUUACCAGACACUGUGGUGGAGACUGUUUUCCUUACUCAGGAAGCCUCUCUGAAUAAGAGCUCAGGACAAAAGAAGAAGAACAGGGAACGUGGGAAGGGCAAAGGAAAUAAAGGACGACAUAAGAGGCAGAGACAACGCCUGACAAGUGAAGAGGACAAGCAAGACGAAGAGGAGGAAGAGGAGUUUUAUAACGGGGAAGAAUACAGUUAUGAAUACGAGGAAGAACUUUACCCAGAUGAGCCCUCGAUCUCUCAGGAGAGGAGAGACAACAGACAGUUUGAAGUCCAAACCGAUGAAUUCCCCCAUCCAGUGGAUAAAAAGGAAGACCAAUUACCCACACAAGAUCCUGCCCAGUUAGAAACAUUGGCAGAAACUUCCAGUCGUCGAGAAACCGAUACUACACUUAAUGUUGUCUUGACAACCACAGAGCCACUAUCCCAACCCAUGGGUGACAUAGAAAAGGAUGAAGUUUCACUGCCUACACCUCCCAUCACAACAGAAGAACCAGACAAGGUACCUCGAUCCCAAAUCAGGGUGAAGAAAAGUGCUCCCUGGCCUGAUUCCAUGGUAUUUAUGCCAGGUGCCCCGGGUGGAAGAAAUCAUUUCAAAGAGGCACAGAAACAUUCGUUAUCUGGAGCUCAAGGUUACAACAGCUGGAAUAGGAAGAGGCAAGAAAACCCUGACUUUCAAACACAUACCAGGAGGCAGACGCAAGAAAGGAGGGAGAGAGAAAAACAGAUGUAUGCAAAAACACAAGGUGGAGGAGAAGAGCAGACUAAAGCCGAAGAAGUGGAGGAGUGGGAAAUGGAACAACAGAAAGGAGUAGAGACAGAAACAACAGCCCCUGAUCCAACCUAUGGAGAGGAGGAGAGGAGUGGAGACUACCACUGGGAGACAGAGGAGGACGUCGAUCGGGAGAGGGAAGGAGAGGAGGAGGACCUGGAGAGGGAGAGAGAGAGGGAGAGGAUGGAGAUGGAGAGAGAGAGAGAGGAGCUGGAGAAAGAGAGGGAGGCCGAGCUGGAGCUGGAAAGAGAAAAAAUGGAGAGGGAGAAGGGGCUGGAGAGGGAGAAGGAGCUGGAGAGGGAGAGGACUGAGCAGGAGGGGGGAAGAGACAUAGAGAGGGAGAGGGAGGAGUGGGAGAGGAGGAGGGCGGAGAUGGAGAGGGUGAGAGAAGGGGGUUAUGAUGAGGAAACUGGACAGCCUUAUCCAUACCCUCCAGAGUAUUUUCAUCUGAAGGGACAACCAGGUGAAAGUGGAAACCCAGGACGAAAGGGGGAAAUUGGUGAAAAGGGACAAAAGGGGGAGCCGGGCAUCGGCCAUAGAGGUCCAGAAGGACAGGCUGGUCCUCCAGGACAGAAGGGUGAACCAGGUGAGCCAGGGCCUCCAGGUGCUCAGGGCAUCCAGGGUAUCCUUGGUAACGCAGGCAUCCAGGGUUCCCCCGGCCUUAGGGGUCUGCCAGGGGACCCAGGAGAGCCAGGAAGAGAGGGGGACCGGGGUAAAAGGGGGAAGAACGGAUCACCUGGAUCUCCUGGACCUCGAGGAGCAGCAGGACCUCACGGUCCUCCUGGUCUAUCUGGAGUAAAAGGAGAAAAGGGUGAUAGUAUUCCUGGAGAGCCUGGUACUCGAGGGUUGGCUGGCUUCCCAGGGAGAAGGGGUGAAAAAGGCACUCCAGGUAUUAAAGGAACUCCUGGGCAUCUAGGUCCUAAAGGCUUGCGUGGCAGCAAAGGGGAAAAGGGGGACCGUGGACUAGCAGGAGUCAGAGGAGAAAGGGGGAGUGUGCUUCAAAUCCAAGGACCCCGUGGAUUUAAGGGUUCCAAAGGAGACGCGGGUGAGCGAGGUCCACCAGGUUUUGAUGGCGAUAAAGGAGAAAAGGGUGAGGACGGUCCUCCUGGAGUCAAGGGCUUAAAGGGCGACGCAGGCAUUAAGGGUGCAUUGGGGCGGUUUGGAGCACGAGGACCAGUAGGCCAGAAGGGAGAUCCAGGAGAACGAGGACUCAAUGGAGUGAUGGGUCGCAAUGGGGAUCAUGGAGUGGAUGGGGCCAAGGGGGACAAAGGAGAUAUAGGAAUGCAUGGCCAGAAGGGCAAUCAGGGUGAUCAAGGAGAACCAGGCUUACCAGGAGACACAGGAGAGAAAGGAGAGAAGGGUUUCAGAGGUUUACCCGGACGCAUUGGGAGUCCAGGACUGGAUGGAGAAAAGGGAGAUAUGGGGUUCGCCGGCACCCCUGGCAUCCCUGGGUUGAAUGGACUCACAGGGCGAAAGGGUGAUAAGGGACAAGGAGGCAUCAAUGGUGCUGAUGGUGAGCCCGGAGUAAAAGGAGAAAAGGGUGCAGCAGGUUUCCCAGGUUUCCCAGGGUUCAAGGGGUCAGCAGGGAUUCCAGGAAGGGAUGGAGAUGAAGGACCACCCGGGCUCUCAGGACUUCGUGGGGACACAGGGCCUAAGGGGGAGAGGGGCAGAAGGGGCAGGUCGAAACCAUGUCAGAGGGGAGCAGCCGGGACUCCAGGACUCAGAGGAGAGAGUGGUACAGUGGGUAUUGAAGGAGGAAAAGGAGAGAAAGGGGAACCUGGACUCUCUGCCGAAGAAGUGAAGGAGCUAGUCACCCAGGAGGUGGCAGAAAAGUGUGAGCUCCCGUGGCAGCAGCAAGGCACCCGUGUGUGUUGUGCCAUCUGUUAUGUUCUCUCAGAGGAACACACACCAUGGUGCCAGCAACAGUAGAACCAUUCACAAACAAGAGACUGCCAUUAAGUGGGACGCCUCACCAAGAAAUCCACUACACACUUACAAGACAAUUUGUGAACCCUUCUGUAAUAGAAACAGAAGACCUUCGCAGGCGACAUUUUGACAUGUCACAGUAGGAGAAGCACAGGUGUUGAUUAUGGAGCCCCCAGAGUGUUUUAAAUCUCACCUCAAAAACUAUUUAUUCUCAGUUCGCUACUCUGAUUUGUUGAUUAAAAUAUUCAUUCAUCAUUUUAUUAUUGCCUUUUUUUUAACUGUAAAAGCAUUUUUUUUUUACAACAACUGUGCCUAUAAUUUAGUGUAGAGCUUGUCAUGUUUGAAUGCAGAUUUUCAGAAUAGUUUUUAUCAUGAUUUAUAGCAAAAUUUUGAAUAAUUUCUAUUAAAACACCAGCACAUAAUUCUCACAUUUAUGUUUGACUGUCUUUUGCACCUUCGACAAUGAGUCCGUGCUAUGUUUACCACACAUUUUUUUCUGUUCAAAUAAUUACCUACAGGUGGUUAAUGUAAAAUAUUAUUAAUUCAUACUUGCAGAAAAAUGUAUUAUUUCAGCACAGAAUAUUAGAGCAGAAUAUUAGUCAGCUAAUGACCUUGUUACCACACGUUUUAUUCUACAAUAUAUGUGAUGAAAAAUGUGUUUCUUUGUUCUCAGACUCAGACUAAUGGCUGCCACUAAUGCCACUCUAUUAUUUCAAAAGUAUGUUGAUGUAUAGGACAAGAUAAAAAAAACACACAGUGUGUCUGUAUC